CUACCAAUGAGCCGUGUAACGAAAAUUGGGAGAUCUUAGUCCAUUUUACUAAAUGUAAUAUUUUUGAUAACUGUCUUAAAAAUGCGGUUAAUAGUAUUAGAAUUAUUUUAGAUGAAAUUGUAGGAAAAGUUUGACUAACAUAUUCAGAAAUCAGGAGUGUUGCAGGAUGUCACAGUAUGAUGAAGAUAUUUAUGAGAAUCCAUUCUUCAGUGCACUUGAGAAACAGUACAAGACCUUGUUUGAGAAGGCAACAACUAACAGAUGGGUGAUAUGUGUACCAAGGUUUUCAAUAGUAAAGAAAGAUGAAUUGGUCAGGAAAGACUUUGAGGAUCAUAUAUUGAUACCUGCUGUAGACAAUGACAGUGCCUUUACAACAGUAUCUAACUAUAAAGUUGAAAUUCAGCAGGGUCAAAUUAAUCUUGGAGCAGGGUUAAAAGCCAAUAAGGUAGAUAUAUUAUUUGAGGAGACAUUCUACAAUGUAAAAGAUGAGAGUUACAGAGUUGUCUGUGUGUCAGGGUUCUUCAACAAGGAAAUUGAACAAGGUGAUUCAGCAGAUACUAAUUUGGAAACAGAUUUCAGUAAACCUCCAGCAACAUAUGAAGAAUGUAUCAAAAUACUAUGGGGACAUCAAGGUAGUACCAAAACAAGAGAAAACCUUGAUAAGAUGUUGAAGGUAUUUUGCGGUGAAUACCAGAGGUUUGAGGGUACUGCGGAUAGUAUUCCAAAUUUAACAGAUCUGGUAUCAUCCCAUGUGACUAAAGCUAUGCAAAUUGUUCUCAAGGAUCAGCAUAUAAAAAAGCUGAUCAAACAGAAUGAAAUGUAUAUGUCUUGUUUGAAGAUAGCUGUUGAGACAUACAUGAUGAACGCUGUUCACAAACAUCUGUUCUCCACAAUCACUGCAUGUGUAAAAUCUUCUGAUGCCCUCGUUAACAAAAUGGCACGUAACUUGUUUGACAUUCGGCUUGCUAAUCUGGAUGUGAGGCCCGAGUUUGAGGAAAAUCUACCAUAUGCUAGAAAGGAAUUAUCUCGCCUGAAUCAGUAUAGUACACCGUUAGGAAGAGUGUUUUGUCUUAAGAGAGUUAUUACUGCGCUGACUAAACCACUGUUUAAAUCACAGGAGAAUGAAGGACUGGUGAUGACUUCAGAUGAUCUUUUGCCUUUACUUAUUUACCUUAUUCUCAAGUCACAGAUUCCAAACUGGACUGCAAAUCUGAUGUACAUGAAACAUUUCCAGAUGGCAAAAAUGUCGGAGAGUGAUGAAUUCAGUUUUUACUUGGCAACUACUGAAGCUGCUCUAGAUUUUAUAAGUUCCGGUAACUUAAAGCAAACUAAGUCAGCAGGCUACAGUAAAGAAACAGGGUUUAAUAGACAGGCAUCUGGCAGCUCUACAUCUAGCAAAGAAAAGUUCUUCCAGUAUGUCCAGUAUGGUGACGAAUCUGCAGUCAGUCUGAUGUUGAAAAAACCUAUACCCACUACCGAGGAUAUAUCUACUAAGUUGUGCCAUCCCUUAUGUACUUGUGAUAAAUGUUCAGAAAUUACUGCUGUCACAUCCCAGAACUCGGGGGCAGUGUCAUCUAUAGCUAGAGAUGAUAUGGGUAGAACAGCCUUGCAUAUAGCAGCAUUUUAUGGACAGGGAGCAUUGAUAGACAUUCUUGCUAAACAUGGAUGUUUGACUGAUGCUACAGAUUAUCUUGGUUGUACACCACUACAUCUGGCUGCACAGAAAGGCUUUCAGAAUAUCAUUUUACUACUGGUUCAUUUUGGUGCUGAUAUUGGUGCUAAAGACAAUGAAGGAAACACACCAUUACAUUUAUGUGCUAAAAAUGGACAUGAAGAUUGUGUGAAGGCAAUCCUGUUCCUUGACAUUUUAAAGAACAAAUUAAAUGUGAAUGCUCAAAAUGACAUGGGAGAUACACCAUUACAUAUGGCAGCAAGAUGGGGAUAUGAUGGUAUUGUCAAUUUCCUACUGGAGUCAGAAGCAGACCCUUGUGUCAGGAACAGAAAACGUCAAACACCGCACAAUGUUGCUCAAAAUGCUGAUAUAAAGAAACAGUUACAAAUUGUGAUGAAUGAUCCACCCCCAAUGAUCAUCAGACAACCUGUGAAGCCAAAGAACUUGCCUGUACACAACCACAUAACUACAGCAAACCCUUCUUCAGUAAACACCCCUACCCCUUCCUCACCAUACCAAGCUACCCCUGACAGUUCCUCUACACAUACACAAGAUAAGACACCACUUGGAUUUGAAGUGAUAGAUGUGAAGCCCAGACCACCUAUACAACUAUUAGAUAACUCUAGCAGUGAGAUGAUGUCACCUACUACUCCAGCAGUUGCCUCCCUUGACCAGGCAAACUCCAAACAGAUUGAAAAGCUCUACAAAGCAAUAGCUAACAGGGACCUACCUUUGGUUGAGUAUUACUUUGGUUGGGUAGAUACUUCAAGUUCCUCGGAGGACAGUCCCAUAUCUCCUCCUACAACCCCAGUGCUCUCAGAGAAUAUAGCUGCCAAACUAUGUCAUCCAUUGUGCCAAUGUGAGAAAUGUCAACAUAUACAGAAGAACAGAAGGGGUUGUCGCAUAUCUGUGAUAGAGAACAAUAUGGAGGUCUUAGAGCUGUUGUUGAAGAAAGGAGCAUUUGUGAAUGUACAGACACACAAACAUAUAACACCACUACAUCUGGCAUGCUACCAUGACCAGUCGGAGGUAGGUCAUACUGGUUGGUCUUUCUGGCUUGCUGUUGUACCCAGUCGCCUGUGGGUCAUUCUGGCACGGUACCAUAACCGAUCCGUUCUGGCAUUCUGCAUUAACCAGUUGGAGAUUGGUCAUUCCUGCUUGCUGCAAUAUCCAGUUGCAGCAAUCAUUAUCAAUUUGCCAGAUUUGGACCAUUUCUGUCCGAAACAGCAUUCCAGUACGAUCAAUCUUGGUAAUAUAAACGGCAACACAAGCCUCCAUCAUGCUGUGUGUACAGAAAAUGUUGAUGUUAUAGGUGUCCUGCUCAAGUAUGGUGCUAAUCCUAAUGCUUUGAAUAAACAUAACAAGUCACCAUUACACAUGACAAAGAAUCCAGUUAUUUUGGAGAUGUUAAGUAAGAAAUCCAAGGAGUUACACAGCAAGUUGUCUUCUGUACCAAAAUCUGUGUCUGCACCAGAACAUCUGAAAGAUAAUCAUCUUCAGCAAGGAAAUGAUAAACUGAGAACUAUGGCAACAGAUAUAGAACAGCCACAACUAGAUACACUGCAGCAAAUUGGUCUCGGAAUCAAAACUUUCGAUAAACAAAAGCAGUUAAAGAGAAGUGAGACUUUUGAUCAUAGCACACCCGCUAUUGAUGAUGCAAGUUUAAAACUUUCUUUAUCAAUUCAACAUUUUGAUAAAGAGAAAAGGUUACGAAGAGCUCACACUUUGGAUAGAAGCUCAGCUGGUUUAAAGUCGUUGGAACAUUCGUUGUCCAUUCAGCAUUUUGAUUUCAGUAGUCUAAAGCAUGUGCAGUCAGUUGAUAAAAGUAAUCCUCUUCAUAUUUAUUCAUUGACUAGAAGUUUUAGUUGCUAUAGUGAUUAUGCUGAUACACCAACAGAAGACAAGGCUUUCAAUAUACUUGGAGGUAACUCCAAAGUUAUAGAAGAAACUGUAGAAAGUGAAAGUAAUUCUGAAGUAAUAGAGAAUACUUUGGAAAAGGAAGGUUACUCUGAAGGAAUAUUGGAAACUACAGAAGAAUUCAGUGAUAAUAAACAAGGAGAUAAUUCCGAAGUUAUUGAGAGAAUUGUGGAAGAAUGUAAUAAGUGGGAUGAAUCGAAAGGUGACAGUGCUGAAAAUACAAAAGACGAAAAGAAAAGUGUAAAUUCUUGCCAGACUGAAAUAAAUAACUCUGAUAUGCAUACCAGACAUUCUGAAAAUAGUACAGUAGAAAAUUUAGAUGAAAUCCCCAUUGAUUUAAGUAAAGAUAAAGAAAAACUUGAAAUAAACAAGAACGAAACAGUAGAUCAGGAACAUGUAAUUGAACCAGUUCCACAAAUCCAUAGUACUGGAAAUGCAGAAGCAAAUGUCAAUGAAAAUGUGAUAAAUUUAACCCAAAAUGACAUGAAAUCCAUGGUAACAAACUUUCAAGACAACAAUAGAAGUAGGGAAAUUCCUGAUGCAACAAACGAUGAAAUUCAAUGUAAAACUGACAUUGUCAAAAGUGAAGUGACCUGUGAUAAUAAUUCUGAUUCAGAAACAUGCAAAAAUGAAACUGCUGACAUAGAUGAACCUAAUACUGUUACUCAGGAUAAUAUUGAAUCAAAAGUAGCCAAAAUUGAUAAUACUGGGUUAAAAUGUGCUGAUGUAGAAUAGUUGGAUAGUUUAUUUAAGAGAAACAGAAGGUGUUAAGUGUCUUAGCAAAUCUGCAAAAUCUUUUAAAUUGAAACCAGCAAUUGCAGUGCACUAUAUUAUUUGACAGUCAAACUGAUAGUGCUUAAGCAUUUCAUAUUUUUAGGGUACAGUUGAACUCAGUUCCGUUGAACUAGUGGAACCAGUGGAACUUUGUUCUAGUCAGUGGUAGUUCAAGUCAUCUGAGUUUCCAGAAGUGGUUAUUCAGAAAAAUUGAAAAAAAAAAAGCAUUUUUUUUUUUUGUGAAAUUUGAUAAAUUAGGAUGCUCAAGUUUAAAAAUAGAAGUUACAGCUUACUAUUCUGGUUAGAAAAAUCAUGCCUGUUUUUAGCUCACCUGAGCCAAAGGCUCAUGGUGAGCUUUUGUGACCGCUCAAUGUCCGUCGUCGGUAGUGCGUCAUGUGUCCGUCAACAAUUUCUAAAAAAAUCUUCUUCUUGAAAACCACUGAACAGAAUUACACCAAACUUCACAGGAAUGAUCCUUGGGUGGCCCCCUUUCAAAAUUUUUCAAAGAAUUGAAUUCCAUGCAGAACUCUGGUUGCCAUGGCAACUGAAACAAAAAAAAAAAUUAAAAAUCUUCUUUUCCAAAACCGCAAGGCGUAGAGUCUUGAUAUUUGGCAUGUGACAUUGUCAAAUGGUCCUCUAGAAAGAUUAUUCAAAUUGUACCCCUGGGUUGAAAAGAGGCCCCGCCCCGGGGGUCACAAGUUUUACAUAGACAUAUAGGAAAAAUCUUUAAAAAUCUUGUCUAAAACCACAAGACCUAGGCCUUUGAUAUUUGGUAUGUAGCAUUGCCUUGUGGUCCUCUACCAAAAUUGUUCAAAUUAUAACCCUAGGGUGAAAAGAGGCCCAGCCCUGGGGGGUCUCAAGCUCAAGAUUUUCAUCGCUAUGGGUAGGAUCAAUUCCCUAUCAAUAUCAAGGUAGAUUUUGGAAUAAAAACAACACUGCUAAUAUUGUAUUGUAUUAUAGGUAAUUUCCGUCUCUUGGAUAGGCGCACCCUCCGGAGAGGUCUAUUUAUUUAUAUGAACUGUGCUCACUAUGUGCUUUUAUUUACAAGUGCACACAAGGUGAAUACAUUCCAUAUUUGUACUGAUGUGCAAGGCGUUGCAGUUCAGACAAGUUAUGUGGACGCUUAUUAGGCACAAAGAAAAGGCAUAUUCUUCCAAAAAAUCCGAAGUCAGACGCUCUGUGCACGUGCCGGAAGUACACAUUUUUUAAUUUGAUAGUAUAUAUCUCAUUCAGUAUAUAGCAUGUUACCGUGGAGGGGUCGAUCCCUCAAAGCGAUGAAAUCGGGAUCGAUCCCCUUUAAGUUCAUUGUUUUUUAUAUGAUUUUUUUCUGGACCGGAUGUUGAGUUCAAGUGAAGAGUGUAUUUAAGCGAUCUGAGUUCAAGCAAACAAAGUUGGGCUGUAUAUCUAUUUUUUGUGCUAGCUAAGAUGAUAUAAAACAGGCAUGACUUUUCUAACCAGAAUAGUAAGCUGUAACUUCUAUUUCUAUUUUUUGUGCUAGCUAAGAUGAUAUAAGAAGAGAAAUUCAUGAAAAAUGUGAUAUGUUUAAUUUGCAGAACAUAAACAAAGAAGGAUAUAUGCUAUGAGUAUUAUUUCUAAACAAAGAAAAUCCAGUGAGAAGAUUAUUGUUCACAGAAUUUAUUUAUUAACUAUAAUACUUGUAAUUUAAGACUGAUGUUUAAAUGUUCCACUUCAUUUUGAAUUCUAUAAUUGCCAUAAGAAAAAAAAAAACAAGUGCUCAACUUUACUGAAAUAUUGACAUAUUGGAAUGCCUGUCAUUUAUAGAUUAUGUUUGGAUCAUAUGUGCAAUAAGUUAUAUUUGAAAUAUUAUUUUUAUGAUUAAUGGAAGAUAAUCAUGACUCUGUAUUGAAGGGUUAUAGUUCAUUUGUGGGCAUUAGAUUUAUAAUUCCCUGAAAACAAGAAGACUGAGCCGCGCCAUGAGAAAACCAACAUAGUGCGUUUGCGACCAGCAUGGAUCCAGACCAGCCUGCGCAUCUGCGCAGUCUGGUCAGGAUCCAUGCUGUUUGCCAACGGUUUCUCUAAUUGCAAUAGGCUUUGAAAGCAAACAGUAUGGAUCCUGACCAGACUGCGCAGAUGCGCAGGCUGGUCUGGAUCCAUGCUGGUCGCAAACACACUACGUUGGUUUUCUCAUGGCGCGGCUCAUUUUAAUUUAGUAGUUCUUUGAUGAAUGUUUUAAAUGUUCUAAUCAGUUAUUUCAUGUACUACAUGUUUGGUUUGGUAAUGUUGCAUUACAUUAUACUGUGGUGGUAAAGCCAAAAUAUUUUAAAGUUAUUUGACCAUUGUUGUUAAUUCUUGUUAUCUAUCUUUAAUCAUGUUUAGCUUUUUUGUUAAAAAAAGCAGUUAGUUGUUUUGUUGAUGAUACUUUUGUUCUUUGAAGAAACCUAUGUGAAAUUAUUACAUGACUCCCUAUAAAUUGUUGGUCAAUAAAUUUGUCCCUAUGACCAGCAUGUAGCUGGUUGCAGGACAUUGGUUCUCACAUUCAUAAAACAUAACUUUUGGAUAACUAUGCAGAUUACCCAGAAAAAAAUUACUAGGGCUGAAAAAUUUUAGGAAGUUUUUGAACUGUAAGGAAGUUUAACUUCAGACAUUUUGGAAAAAAUAAAAACACUGAGCAGUAAUAAAAUGGCUAGUCAACAGAAUCGGGCAAAAAAUAUGAUCAGGGAGCAUGGUAGCUGUAAAAUACCUAUUCUGGAUGGUUUUCUAAUGGAUCAUUUUCUUUCUUGAAACAGAUUUUAUGAAAAAGGUUUAUUUUCAUUUCUUUGCCGUCAGUCCUGUUAGUAAAAGUUGGCACAUGCAACAUAGGUCGCUUAGCUAAAGUCAAACGUUAAAAGAAAAGAAAAAAAAAAAUUUGUGACCAUAACCACUCGGGCACAGAGACAACAUAAAAAAGUUUCAGAUACCAUGUAAUAAAGCACUAAUCGUUUACCAAUCAGUAGUCAAGACUUUUUGCCCUUUGUACUUUGGAGUUAAUAAGUGAAUAACAUUUAAACUAUUAUAUUGCUUUGAAGUUAAUCUUACAUCAGUACUAUGAUUUUUAUGAUAAUUAUAUAUUAUAUCUGCUGUGUUUAAAACAGUUCGCAAUGGUUAGAAACGUGGCAGUCUGUAACACUGCACUCAUGUUGUAUUUUAACAUAUGUUAAGAUAUUUUCAAUGGUGAACAAGUAUAUUACAUACUUAUCAACAGCACUUUAUGUUAAGAUGAAGAAUUAACCCUUAUCCUGCUGGACACAACUGAUUCUGCCUUUGCGACCAGUGAAGAUCAAGAUCAGCCUGCACAUCUAUGCAGUCUGAUCAUGAUCUGCACUGUUGGCCAUUCAGUCAGUAUCUUUUGAUAAGCACCCCUUUUAACAGUUAAUGGUACUAUCCAAAUUGAAAGAUGGACAAGUUCAUUAUAGAAAUUUAGCAGGGUAAGGGUACAUAUUCUCAAAUCAUCCUUCUUAACAGAAUAUAUAAGCUUUUGUAACAUGAUAGUUUUGAUACAGGGUGUAUUUUGUUCUGUUCAUAUAACAUGAAAUGCAUCCAUAUAUCUCAUUUAUAUUUGCAUAAAAUAACUUUAUUUUCGUGAGAAAUGAAUUUAACUAUAAAAUUGUUUACCGUUAAUGCAGCAUAAAUAAUUAUGCAACUGCUACAUAUUAUUUAUUAAAAGUGCUAUAUUAAAUAAAAAAGAUACAAGA